GUUCACUCAAGCGUUAAGAGAACGAAACUCUUAUUGCGGGUUGUUAUGAAUUCUGCGACAAAUAUGUCGAAUAGAAACAUAUUCGAAUUAGAAGACAGAGGAUUUAAUGUUCCCCAGUGGAUCCAAUAUUUCAAUGAAGCCAGUUCAGAAAAAGAAGCCAGCAGCAGCCGUAGCACCACUUCCGGACCAGAUCAGAAAUCCGGGCCUUGCUCCAGCAGGUGCGCUGUCUGGUCUUUGGUGGCCACAUCUCUGGUUAUCCUUUUACUGGGCGCUGCAUGUGUUCCUCUCAUCCUAUACCUAAUAGAAGAAGAUCAAUUCAAAUACUACAGGGCGACAGCUACAUUGAGGUUACAGGGGCAAUACGAUAAGAGACUUGGUAACCUUAGUAGUACGACAUCUAAAGAGUUCCAGAAGGACUUUUGCAAUACGAUGGAGAACACACAGAAAAAUAAAUACAGCAAUGACUACCAAGGCUGUUUAGUUACAGAAAUACGGAAUGGAAGUAUCAUAGUAAGCUUCUCAAUGUUCUUUUACACAAAAGUCAUCGUGACUUCGGACAAUGUAAAAACAGAAAUGUCCAAGUACUUCAGGGCACGUUCUAAUGUCACAUUCGCUAAUGUGUUCAACGUGUUAAUUGAAAUAGAAACAUUAGAUGUUGGAGUAAGUCGACAAGAACAAAUUGAGUAUGCCAAUGCAAUAUCAAAAUCACAAUUUGUCACACCUUCUUCGAUAACAAGUACCGUCCAAACAACGACUGUAACAUCUACAAUCCCUGAGGAGAGUACCUCAAAUGUUUUACAAAAUAUAACCACUACGAGAGACGGUAGUAUCUCUGUUUCUAUGCCUAUUGAAUCAACAACUACACAGGCUGAUACUACAGCAAGCAACAUGUCAACUGCCCGACCCACUGCAUCAACAUUAACCACACCAACAACAACUUUAGAAGGAGAUACUUCUACUGAAACAACAACUACUGAGGAUGAUACUACAUUAAGCGACGUGCCAAUUGUUCAAACCACUGUCACAACUUUUACCACACAAACAAACUUAGAAGGAGAUACUUCAUCAUUGGCUUCGUCAAAAGUAACAACUGUCAUUGCUCAAACAACUACUUCAGAAAGCGAAUCAACAGAAAACAUUUCUCUUAUUUCAUCGACGAUAUCAACAGAUAUGGUUUCAGAGGAUGAUAACUCUGAAGACAGUAGUUCAACUGCUUCAUUUACAACAGCUAUGCUUAUUUCUUCAACAGAGUCAACUCAUCAGGACGAUAGCAUUUCUGCAGUCACUCAAACCUCUACCGCGAUAUCUCCUCAAAGUUCAUCAACAUUUUCUACCAACUCUCCUUCUGGUAAUUCCAAUAACUUUACGGAUUCAUCCACUGAAACAGGUAAAAGCACAACACUUGAUUUUCAAGACUCGACUUCCACUACCAGCAUUCCUAAAGAUGCAUCAGAUGUAACAUCAGAGCUUCCGGAUUCCAGAACUUCCUCUUCUUGGAAUACAGAGACCACUUCUCCAACUUCAAUCAAUAAGAUUACCACAACCGAGCCAUAUUCAGAUGACAGCACCACCGAGACAGAUUUUCCAGAUUUGAAUGUCUCUAGUUCUACUAUUCCUUCUGUUACCAAUGCCUCUAAUGUAAAUGUCUCUGAUAGUUCAGUAACCCUAACGUAUACUACUACCUCUCCUCAACAAUUUGCAGUUGUUGCAAUGGAUCACUCAUAUGGUGAAAUUGGCAAAGUGGUUGAACAUACUUGCAGAAUUGACAUCAGAAGUGGUGAAUGGGAGCAGGUAUAUCUCAGACAAUCUGACAGACAAGAGAAUCUAGCAGUUUAUCUUAAAAAUGGCAAUACUGUUAUAUACACCAACGACAGUAUUCUCACUGCCAAAUUUGAGGCAGAUACCUCUUGGAUAAAUGCUUCAGUGAAUUUUAACUUAACCGAGUUUCCAUCGGAACGCUGUGGAUCUAGACAGUUUGAAUUUGUUUGUAGCGUGCAGAUGAAACAUGGAUAUUUCUUCAAUACUACCGCCAGUUUUACAAUAAUUGCUCCAAUGACACCGCCAGCUGUUACUGUUAGAGCGACCAAACACGUGAUUAACAUCACGAGCAAUGAAACCUUUGCCGGUGUCCUGAUCAGCUGUAAUGCUACAAAAGAUCAGUCUAACGAUUCGGCUCAGGAUGUAGGAAUUCAAAUUUUCAACUCAACUGAUCAUAAAAUUGCAGAAUUCGUCUAUUUUCCCGAUAGAAGUGGAAUUUAUACGUCAAAUUGUGGAGAAUGGGUUUUUGUUCAUGAAACUGAACCUACGGUGUUUUCAUAUCGGUCAGAUUUAAAUGGAUCGACGCUUUAUUGCUUUUUACAAAAUGCUGGAGCGGGAAAUAAGGUUGUUUUGAGUAACAGCGUAACGCUGACUUUUGGUACAUUAGAAACAGAGACAUGAAAAUUCUUGAACUUAACAUGUGUUUAUUCUCUACUAGAAUACAGCAUCCUAAAAUCCGCACAUUUAUUUAAGGAAAGAAAAGGCAUCGUUUUAUACGAUUUGGAGUAUAUUUGAUGAUAACACUUUUAAUUUGCACACAGACUAGACUUUUAAGUCUUUCAGUUCACCUUUCGAAAGUUAUCUGUCUGACAUGAUUUCUUGGAAUCAUUUUCCAGUGAAGAUUUUUUAUCAUGUCUUAGAAUUCAAUAAUUGUACUCUCAUGUUGAGGUUAUUGUUAGCAAAAAAAAACAGGAUCUUGACAUGUUGUACACUCCCCUUCGAAAUAAAUAAAUGUUUUUGCCAUAAGUAAUAACUCACAACUUUCGUGAGUGAAGUUUACAUUUAAAAUUGGGAGAAUCUUGUAAUCAAAACAA